GUGCGCUGUCGACGUAUCUGCUCAGGAGCAACUCGAACAAAAAAGACCUGGUGGCCAAACUCAACAGUCUGGAGGCCAAACUGAACGCUGGACGAAAAGAGUGUAGGAGGUAGAAAUCGGUCGACAACAGAAGUACAAUCGUACACGUAGUGGAAGAUUGGCUCGACAAGGAGGAUUAGCUCUUUCAUAGAUGGUGUCCAUCGCUCUCUGCAGUGAAAUGGAGACGGAGCCACGUUGUGAAAAGCAUGAAGACCCUGCAAUGGAGGCCACAGAGUCCGAGGUAAGGCAAGCCGUCUCUGAGUCUGUUGACAAGGACGGUCCCACUGAGCUGCCCUGUGGGCCCUCAGAAGAAGGCAACGAGCUACGGAGCCAAGAGGAGACUGUGAGCACUGAGAUAAAAAGUGUCUCUGAUCCUGCACGAGAAGGUGGUGAAACAGAAUGCGAGGAGGAGAGGAGGAAACUGAAAAAGACAAACAGCUGGAAGAUGGUACGAUUUCAAGACCCAUCACAAGACGACGAGGUGUCAGAGAGGGACAGCUCAGCAGAGGGUCUCUUUCCAGAUUAUGCCAUGGAAGAGUGGACUUCCUCGACCUUUGAGGAGCUGUUCAUGGCAGAAGACUGGCAGGACAUCACAGAGGACCGACUCUUGAGGAAGAAGGUGCUGAAGGCUGUGGCCCCGCACGCCGUGCGCCCCACCUGGGGCCAGGAGGUCACCAUGAAGAUGCAAUCCAUACUGGAGGACCGAACUGUGGUGGAGAAGGACUGUAAGCUUGUCUUUGUUAUCGGCGACAGAGAUGUAAACCAGGCCCUGGAGGAGUGUGCCAUAUCCAUGCAGAAGGGUGAGAUCACAUUACUGCUGGCGGAUUCACAGUACGCGUAUGGACGUUUGGGAAGACAGCCUGAUAUUCCAGCCUGGGCUCCUCUACUCUACCAGCUGCAGCUGCUGGACAUUAGAGAGAAACCAGACCCAUUAACUCUGCCCAUCGCAGACCGCAUCCGCAUCGGCCACCAGAAACGAGAGCGGGGAAACUUCCAUUUCCAGAGAGAGGAGUACUGCAUGGCUGCCAGGGCCUAUUGUAUGGCUCUGGAUGUGCUAACCACAUGUGGCCGAGAUGGUGGCAGCAGCAGCAGCAGCGUGGAGGCAGACGAGGAGGAGGAGGAGGUGCGGGACUCCCGGGUGAAGUGUUUGAACAACCUGGCGGCGGCUCAGAUCAAACUGGAACAGUACGACGAGGCGCUGCACACCAGCAGGGAUGUCCUGACCCUGGACUCAAACAAUGUCAAGGCCCUGUACAGGGCCGGGAAGCUCCUGUCAGACAGGAGUGAAUACAAGGAGGCGAUGGAGCUGCUGAAAAAGGCCUUAAGGCUGGAGCCGGCCACCAAGCUUGAUAAGGAGAACUCUGCAGUCCAGGUACAAAAGGCGAUCCACUUAGAGUUAUCUAAACUCGUCAGGAGACAGUCCGGAGACAAAGACACAGAGGAAUGGAAGUCCAAACCUGCAAAGAUACUUGGAGAAAAUGUCCCACCCUUUGUGAUUCCUUCCAAGAAGACACCGCCUGGGUUUUCCUGGAAGUUUGUCCUCGGAGCUCUGGUGGUGGCCUUGGGAAGCUUAGUGACGUCGGUGAUAAUCAAUGCAAGACAAUGAGAUUUUCCGCUGGUCGCACUUUGAAAAUCAUCAUUACCGCGGUCACGUGCGAGCGCCGAGGCUCCGUGUCUCUCUCUCUCUGUUGAGUCGAGUGAUUUGAAGUCUGAAGAAAUCUUUCUUAUUUACGUGUGUGUUUACUUUUGUGUUGCAGUAUUUAUGAAAAUGAGGAAUUAGUGACAUUGCAGGGGUGAAUUUAUUUCACGAUAGCAGCAAAGAUCUUUGCAGGUGAAAUAUUUUAUUUGGAAAUUCAUAAAAAAAAAGAGAAAAAUGUAUUUUAGUAAACAACAACAACAACAACAAUGCAAUUCUUUGUACUCUGCUUCUUUCAGUAAAGCUGCCCUGUAGCUUACACUGAUGCUUCAAAUAAAAAAAAAACAUUUUUAAAACA